AUGGCUUAUGAGUUAAUAUAUGACCGUCAAGGUAUUUUAGAAGAUAAAGCAAUUCUACCAAAUGAGAGUAAUUUGUCAGAUUAUAAAAAAGAAGUUAUGAAUUGUCUAUAUGAUAUAGAACUUAAACGAGAAAAUUUAACAAACAUCGAUGAUUUACAUCAACGAUGUAUGAAAUUAAUUGAAACAAUGUUCAAAUUGGGUUUGAUGUCAUAA